CGCGCAGGCUCCGCUUGGCCGCCAUUGUGCUGCGGGGAGCGGCGGCUGGCGCAGCGUGGCGGCCCCGGGGCCCGGCCCGGCCCCUCCGGCAGAGCCUCAGCUCCCGAAUGUCUGCGUCGUGAGGGCUGUGCCGUGAGAGUCCCUGCUUCUGAAAGAAAAAAUAAUCAGUGCAUCCUUAUACAGGAUACGAAGAAUGGAGUCAAAACCCUCAAGAAUUCCUCGAAGGAUAUCUGUCCAGGCCUCCAGUGCUUCACUAGGAUCUAGAACAUUGACUGGAAACAGUUUAGCUGGUGCAUAUGGUGUCAGAGAAUCUACACGGACAUUAGAAUCUGGAUACCAGGAAUCCAGUGUAUUGAAUAGUUCCAGUAGAGAUUGGGGAAUUGGAGAAAGAGACGCCCAUGAAACUCCUUGGAAGCUUACAACGUCUUCUCCAACUCGCUACUCAGGGACACUUGAUCAUCCACAUUCUGGAAGAUUUUUGGGAAGCAGAAGCAGAUUGUCUGCAUCAUCUUCCUCUCAUUUUACAUCUGGGUGUUACGGUGAGUCUGAGAGAACUCAGGGAGCGUAUUCCAGACUGCACAGCCAGCAGCGAGACAGUGAUUCAAAGAGACCUAAGCUAUCUUGCACGUCUACCUCUUCUGUGAGAAGUAAUGGCUUGACUCCCUUUUCAGAUUCCCCUUGGAGGUACAGUAGGAUUCCUAGAUCUUCAUCAGUGGUGCUUGGCUCUCUUGGAACUGAGCUGGUGAGAGAGCGAAGAGAGUUGGAAAGAAGAACAGAUCUGUCUGUCAAUAACCUGGUGGAUCACAGCUACAGAGACAGUGACUUUCCAUCUUCAACAUAUCUUCAAGACAGGCCUGCCUCUUCAUAUGCAGAGGGAGCAAGGCCGAAAGAGAAUUCAUUGAGCACUUUGAGGCUGAGUACAUCCAUGAACCGCCAGUUGCCUUCUGAUCAUCAGCCAACUUUUUUCAACAGAGACUCUAACGUGAGCUCUUCAAGAUCCAACUACCCUUCAAGGCAAAGGAGAAAUGAAUUAGAAUCUCCCCAGAGGAGCAUGCAGCCAGCGUUUCCUUUUACUGCCAUUAGAGAUGAAACUCCUUCCUCUAGCCGUUCUGAAAGGGUUUUAUCUUCUCAGAGGUCACUGAAUGAGCCAGCAGCUGACAGCGAAGGGAGGCGCACGACUAGGCAGCUGCUUUCUCGUUUAGCCUCUAGUAUGUCAUCUACAUUUUUCUCUCGAAGGUCUAGCCAAGACGCAUUGCAUACAAGAUCAUUAGGCUCUGAAGAGUCAACAGUGGUCCCAAGAGUUCAAGCUUCUACUCUGUCCAGCAGUAAUGGAGCUGCAACUCCAGAAGUUCCAGGACUUCAGAUAUCUGAAGCUUCUCAGGGAUUUAGUUUUCUUAGAAGAAGAUGGGGUUUAUCAGGAGUUUCACAAAAUCAUAACUCUGAAUCUGAUGGGGAAAGUUACAGACCAGACUCAGAAAGUAGGAGCACGGGAUCCUGGUUAUCAUCAUCUUUGAGGAACAGAUGUACACCUCUCUUUUCCAGAAGAAGAAGAGAAGGAAGAGAUGAAUCUGCAAGGAUCUCUACCUCUGACACAACUGCUAGAUCACAACAUAUCUUCAGAAGGAGAGAGUCAGGUGAGGAGACCUCUCUUGAAGCAUCAGAUAGCCCUCCUCGGGCUUCUGUGGGCAGACCACCAACACCUGCAGUACCUGGUAUUCCUACAGCUACUGCCUCCCCACCAGAUUCAGCCCACAGUAGGAGAAGUUCUGGAAUUCUGCCUGGUUCUCUCUUUCGAUUUGCAGUGCCUCCAACAUUAGGAAGCAGUAUGUCUGACAAUCUUAUGAUAACUGUAGAUAUUAUUCCCUCUGGCUGGAAUCAGUCUGAUGGACAAGAAAGUGGCAAGUCUAAGACACCACCUUCAAGAGAUCCAGAAAGACUGCAGAAAAUUAAAGAGAGCUUGCUUUUAGAAGACUCUGAAGAUGAGGAGGGUGACUUAUGCAGAAUUUGUCAGAUGUCCUCUGCAAGUUCAGACAACCUUUUAAUAGAGCCGUGCAAAUGUACUGGAAGUCUGCAGUAUGUUCACCAGGAGUGCAUGAAAAAAUGGUUGCAGUCCAAGAUUAAUUCAGGUUCUUCUUUGGAAGCAGUAACAACUUGUGAACUGUGCAAGGAGAAGUUGAAUCUGAAUCUAGAAGACUUUGACAUUCAUGAACUCUAUAGGGCACAUGCAAAUGAACAAGCAGACUAUGAAUUCAUCAGCUCUGGUCUCUACCUUGUAGUGUUGUUACACUUGUGUGAGCAGCGCUUUUCUGAUAUGCUGGGAACUGCAAGUGAGGCCAGCACACGUGUCAGGUUUAUUAACCUUGCAAGAACUCUUCAGGCACAUAUGGAAGAUAUUGAAACUUCCGAGGAUGAUUCUGAAGACUGAUGCUGGUAGAACUCUCAUGCUGCAAGAGACAAAUGGAAUUGCUACAGAAACGCUGAACUGGAAAGAACAUCAACAUGCAUUUGUUUUUUUCCUCUCCUUAGUAAAAAGCGCUUUGAAUUAUUACUGUAAUUUUUGAAGCAUUAUUGAAUUAAAAAUCAACUGCCGCACAGUGGAACUCGGUGGACUUGAGAACUACUCAGUAUGUGUGAGAAUUAGAUGCAUACAAAGCAACUUCCCUUUUUAAAUUAUGAGGGUGAUGUGCUUGGUUUUGGAAGAUGCCAGAUUUUGAACGUGUAAGGAAGCUGUAUCUCCCUUUUAUGUUUCCUUCUUACUGUAGUCAGAUUUCUGGUUUUGUCUAUUGAGUUUUGCUCCUCUACUGGCACUAAGUGGUUAUAGUGGGUUUCAGGGAGAGGGUGGGAAGCGGGGUGGGGGGGGGAUGUCCAUGUACUUAAUCAAUAGGUUUUGUUUGGGGUUUUUUAGAUGCCUCUGUUGCCGCAUCAUAAAACAACUGAUUGCUUCCAGUGAUAAUGAACAAACAGUGGGUUCAGGAAGUUACUCUAGAGAUUGUUUGGGUUCUCAUUUAUUUGAAGAUUAUUAUUUAACUCAAAAAGCAAUAAGAACUUGCAGUGGUCUUCUGAUACUUAGUGAUGGCUUUUUUUAUGUACCGAUUUGGAAAUUGGAGAUUAUAUUUGAUAUUAUGUGGCUGUUCCACCAAGGAAUAUUGCAGGUGUAAACUUGCGUUUCAGCGUUCCUGGCAGAUAUGCAACUUGAUAAAGACCUAAGGUUGUUUAGUUUAAUCAGACUUUUUUAGAUCCCACCUUCACUGUUCAAAGCACUGGUUAUAAUGUGUUUUCUAGUGUUGUCACUUCUUUAUAAAUAAAGACGAUAGAGGUAUGCAUCUCCACUGGUAUUGUCCAUUUUAUUUAGACAUGGAUAUCUACCAGAACUUAACACUUGAAAAGCUAGAAGGUUAUAGUCAGUGGUAUAUCUUUACUAAUCUUUGUAAAUUCUUAUGCAGAUACUUAAGAUGAUUUCUGACCAUUUUGGAUUUAAGUGCUUUAUAUGAAUGGUGGUACAAUAAAUUGUCAUACAUGUGUUGGAGUUGUA